AUGUCUUCCGGUCAUCGCAAAGUCAUCAAGGUCGGCAUUCUAUCCAUGGGGGACAUGGGCGUCGGUAUAGCCAAUCAAGAUACUAUUGAUAGGGCCAAGGCUGCCAAUGUUGAGCUCCUGGCAUCGGACUUUGAACUUGCGAAGCAAUGUCCGGCAAUUCUCUCAGUUGUACCGCCGCGCGAUGCCGAGGCUACUGCACAGCGGAUUGCAGACGCCUUGUCUGGAGGCUCGGCGAGUCAUUCGAUUUUUUUUGUAGACUUGAAUGCUGUUUCUCCCUCAACAUCCAAGGGCAUGGCCGAAAUGUUCAGAAGGGCCCGAGUUCCAGUCCAAUUUGUCGACGGAUGUAUCCUCGGCGCUCCUCCCCGUCAAAGACUAGCAGCAGACUCGAAGAACAGUGACGAAGAGCUGGACUGGAUACGUCCGAAUAUUCCCAUUUCUGGGCCCCAUGCUCUCUCUUCAUUACAGAAUGGUGCGGAGCUCGCCAAAGUGCUCAACCUGCGCUCUAUUUCUCCAGAUAUUGGUGCAGCAAGUGGCCUGAAAAUGUGCUUUGCUGCCAUGACAAAGGGUUUCACUGCGCUAGCUACGCAGUCCUUCACCACUGCUCAUCGACUAGGAGUAGUGGAUGAGUUGAAAAGAGAAAUGAGGGAGAUUUUCCCGAACCAUCUGACUGCUGCUGAGCGGAGUGUGCCAACUAUGCCGCCAAAGGCAUAUAGAUGGGUUAAGGAAAUGGAAGAGAUUUCAGAUACGAUGCAUGAAGGAGGGUGGACGAAAGAGUUGUUUCAUGGUAUAGCUGGUGUAUACAAAGCGGUGGCGGAGGACGCUGUUCUUGGAAAGGAGCAGAUUGGCAAGAGAGUGAGAGGGAAAAGUAUAGAGGAUGUCGCAGCCGCGAUGGGAGAGGGAUUAGAGAGGAAAAGAAAGAAGACAGAGUAG